CGCAUGAUAAUGCUCGAAACUGCUGCGUCUCGAGCAGCGAAGGGGCAUCGGAAAGAUUUGCCCGCCGCCAGUUGACGACCUGCCAGCAUACCAUCAUGUACAGUCAGCGAUCGUCGUCUCUGUCGUCAUUGUCGUCGCCGUCCAUGGAGUUCGAGCCCGAGCCAGAGUACAUUGACGAACGCCGGUGGGAACGCAUUGAUACACUUGGCGAUGGGUACAGCCCUCGCACGGGGCACACGGUAGUGUCGCACAACUCGACACUGUACGUAUUUGGUGGGACCGAUCGGCGGCGACGCCAGCAAGAUCUCUUUCAGUUUGAUAUUGAGUCGAGUUCGUGGUCCCACGUGGACGUCCAUGGCACGUUGCCACCGCGGCGAUCUGGUGCCUUGGGUGUUGUGCAUGCAAACAACAUGUAUAUCUUUGGCGGGUACGACGGACGCGACGGCAACUACUUCAACGACCUAUUCUAUUUCAACUUUGACACGCGAAGAUGGAGCGAGAUGCCGACGUCGUCCACGUCGUCCGUGCGGCCAGAAUCGCGCACCGACCACAUUAUGGUGCUCCAUGACGCCAACAUUUACAUUUUUGGCGGGUAUAACGGGUCGUCUCGGUUCAACAACAUGUACCGAUAUGAAAUUCCGGCCAAGAGUUGGCGCAGAGUCGACGCGGUGGGGAGUCUCCCGAGCGGACGUUUCGGCCACACGGGGGCGGUCCACGAGCCAUCCAGUCGGCUCAUCGUAUUCGGAGGAUGGGACGGCCGAGACACGCUCGACGAUCUGCACCAGUACGAGUUCCACACCAACACAUGGAGCCCAAUCCCGACGACGGGGAGGGCACCGCCCCAUCGAUACCGUCACACGGCCGUCAUCUUCGACACGAGCAUGUUUGUGUUUGGCGGUGUGGACAAGGCGCACAGCCGAUUUAACGACCUUCAACGACUCGACAUGGUCACGAAUACGUGGACGGAAGUGCACACGACCGGGUUUGUCCCGAGCAGUCGGACGUUCCACCGCGCCGUCGUCGUCCUGAACCGCAUGUACCUCCUCGGUGGCUACGACGGCACGGACCGUCUCCACGACUUGUACUCGAUUCACGUCGGACCGCUUUCGCCUCCGUCGCUUCUCGCGCUCUGCGCCUCGUACACGCGCCGCAACGUCGACGACAUCCUCACCUUCACAUCAUUCAAAGGCGUGCCUCAAUUGGUGCUGGACGACGUGAUCUUUCAGCGCGACCAUGGCAACGUUCUCCGGGGGAAAUGCGCGCUGUGCCGCGACGGACGUUGCAGUGUGUACAAAGUUUCUCGGACGUUGAACGACUCAGCAGUUCCUUCGAUGCAUGCCAGCCGCGCCGCAGUGGCGAGUGCCGCCAAUCUGCACCACUUGACGCCAGCGUCAACCGCACACAAGGCGACACAUGGCGACGCGUGCGUGUGCGGCCAUGGCACAUCCCACCACGAACGAAUCGACGAGCGCAAGCUGUAUGGGGAGCCGUACAACGCCCGCAUGAUGGUCGGGGGUGGCAUCGGCGGCGCGGGUGGCGCCACGUCGUUCUCGUCGAAAGGCAAAGUCCACUUACUCUACAGCCUCUACAAGCGCAUCUUUGACGGCGGGCCGGCCGACGACAGCCCCGACCAUGAAAUUGCUGACGCGUGAUUGCGAUAGAAAUAGGUUUACUUUGGUCUUGUUGUGGUGUACUCGAUUGCCGUGUCCAUCUGUCCUUCCUAAAGGUCUGCG